GCAACGAUGGACGGUGGGGAAUAGAUUGGCUUCAAGUCUACCUCUUGGAUGAAGGUUGUGUCGCCUUCAUGAACCAACGCCACCCUUUACUACCGCUUCCCAUCUCUUUCUCCUUCUUCUCUUUAGCAGUCGCGAGCAGAAGAGAGCCACGUCCGAUUCGACCAAGCAGGCUCUUGGUCUAAGGCACUUUGCUCUUCUCGUCACCGCUGAAUACCUCUUUCUCUUCGACUCUGACCCCAACUGGCUUGGGAGAUUUGUUUUACACCACGCCCCGUCAUCAUUCGAGCAGGCACUCGAACGAAGACGACAAAGACGCUCAAUGAAGGAUCGACCUUCGUCGACCAGGGAUGUGGCAGUACUCGAGGUCACUCUAGCUCCUGGGCGGCGGUCAUCAGCUACAACUGCCAAGCAAGGGCAUGUCCGCCGUCGGCACGAGCCCGUGUCUCUGAUCCACUCUUCUCACGGUCGAAGCAAAGCGAUCUCGAUGACCUCAACGAGGAUGGGCCCCUUUCUCAUGCUCGCUGCCGUCGCUCUCUUUGUUGCUGCUUCUCCAUCUCAAGUUGAAGCGAUGCCCCUCGCUUCCUCCUCGGCCUCUGGCGCGGCUAUUUCUUCCGCUUCCGUCUCCUCUUUCUCCCGUCGUGGUUCGGACUCGAUGCAAGAUUACCUCUCGGCACUCGUUCAACAGGUCGCCGCAGCUCACGGAGCGAGCUGGUCCAGUCAAGAGGACAUCGACUCGAAUCCCGGGACGUCCCAGCAAAACCAUGCUAGGUCCAAGUACGUUUCCAAUGUGCACCCCUUGAGCCGGAGGUCGCCGGUCACAGGCGGAUCUGCAGAUGCCGCCCUCGGUCGUCGUGGGCAGCUUCAAUUUGAUGUUGCUACGCCAUACGAAGAUGAUGACGAGGACGCCAGCUACAGGUCCGAGGCCAAUGUACGCUCUGCUUCGCCUUUCCACAAGAUUGUUCCUGGUAAGGAGCCUGGCGUCCUGGCCGCAAGGGCCCCUGCACCGCCGCAAGUGAUCCCUGUCGACUCGGCCGCUGCGCCGACCUUGGCUCCUGCAGUCAACAAUGUCGCUGCUGCCUCGCCCUCGCCCGCGUCCAGCCCCUCUACCGACGACAGCAAGCAGACAGAUGACAACAAGUCGUCAGAUGCAAAACCUACAGCUUCCUCUCAACCCUCUUCCUCGCCCUCUCCCUCUUCUUCUUCUUCUGGCAACCCACCCUCGCCAACAUCGUCGCCUGACGACAAGGACAAGAAGAACGACGAUUCGGCCAUCACCUCACCCCACAACAAGCUCUUCCCGCUCUUCAUUGCCGGCGUCAUCGCUGGUGGUCUCUUGGGUUUCAUGGUCCUCAUUGCCAUUGCAAAGGAGAUCGCCCACGCAUGCAUGCGCCGUGACGACCGAAGGGGCAUCUCUCGAUCCAACACGAUUCCCAAAAUGGGCGCAAACGGCGCUGGGGGCGCGGGUGGAAAGAGGAGCGGAACCCUGCGCAGAGCCGUGACGAGGACGUUGGGAAGCUUUGCCAGGCGUAACCGCCAGGGAAGCGUCCUGAUCGACGUCGGCGAUGAGGUCCUGGCUGUUCCACCUGAGGUGGCGGAGGAGUAUGAGCGCGAACGGAAGAGCGUCAUCAGCGGUGGUCAUUCCAGCGGCAGCUCGUCAGGUGGAGGGCUCACUUGGGAUGGCAGGACUGCCAGCCCUCUGCGUGUGGCCCUGCGAAACGCGGAGCUUGCGGCGGCUGCAAAGAUGCAAAAGACAAUCACAGAGGAGGAUGAGGGCAGCUUUGAGCAAAAGGCUACGCGGACAGAUGGAGCAGAGACGAGGCGAAAGCCAGACGUGCUCGACAUCAACCAGUGGCGAGCCACGCUCGAGGGCCAGCAGCACGGCCAGCAUCGUCCCUUGAUACUCGGCCAGAAGCAACUUCAACAACAACAACAGCAGCACCAGCACGCAAGUGGAGGCCUGGCGAGGACCCUGAGUCAGCGCCUCGUCGACUCGCUCAAGGCCUUGCGAGGUGCUGGUUCGCAGGAGAGCCUUGCGUCGAUGUACAAGAGUGAUGAGUCAAAGCAGUCGCGCAAGGACGACGACUACAACUUCGACGCGGAGAAACAUGCACCCGAUGCCCGCGACUACAUGCCCGUCAUCGUGCGGGGCAGCGGUGGCGGAUGGGACGUCAAGCCAAGCCAGCCGCAGCGUCAGACGCGCACGUCUACCCAAGCUCCUCGUCGCAAAGAUACCGUUCGGAUCCCUGGAGGAUUCCCGUCAAGUGAAGAGGAGGUUGGCGAGGGUGCACUCCAGCUGCAGCGAGGCAGGCGUGAUGCAACCGUCGGCGCAUACAAGCAUCGACAACAGCCCCACUCCAACGGUCGACGCACCGCUGACCGAAGCCAGCGCAACACCAGCCGUGCUCCUCGCGGUGGCGCCGAGAAGAUCCAGACGGUGGCCAAGGGAACAGAUGCGGCUGCCAGGCGCGUGAAGCCAUCCUCCACUGCCAUGGCCUCUCCCAAGAUGUUUGAACGCCGGAGUGGUCAGGAGGAUGCCGACAAGCAACGGGCGUCCAGCAAAGCCUUUGUGGGUCCUGCUUUCCCGGAAAAGGUUCAGUCGAAGGCCACGAUGGGCGGCGAAGGAAGAAGGACGCCGCCGAGGUUCCGAGCGGAAGAGAACGGCCAGCGCCAGCAGGCACAAUCCGGCCAGACGACCAGAGAGCUUUUCCGGCCAUUACCCUUGCCUCCGGCCUUCAGCCCUCUGACCGGUCCAUGAUCCAUCCAUUCCGUCCCUUUCACCAUCUUCUUUGAAAUGUCAAUUGUCAGCUGACGCCGAGAUUUUUCGCGCACCAAUACAAACACGCUCCUUCACAAUGCAUCUUUUCUAGUCUGUUGUUCUAGCUGAGCUGAAGUGAGAGGAGCCCUCAAUUUGCGACAUUGAU